GGAAGGAGAAGAAGGGGCCGCUGCUGGAGGGGACCCCGUUGCGCCUCAAGCCCCGCAGCGUCCACGAGCUCUCCGUGGAGCAGCAGCUCUACUACAAGGAGAUCACAGAGGCCUGCGUGGGCUCCUGCGAGGCCAAGCGGGCCGAGGCCCUGCAGAGCAUCGCCACCGACCCCGGCCUCUACCAGAUGCUCCCGCGUUUCAGCACCUUCAUCUCCGAAGGGGUGCGCGUCAACGUGGUGCAGAACAACCUGGCGCUGCUCAUCUACCUCAUGCGCAUGGUGAAGGCCCUCAUGGACAACCCCACGCUCUACCUGGAGAAAUACCUCCACGAGCUCAUCCCGGCCGUCAUGACGUGCAUCGUGAGCCGGCAGCUCUGCCUGCGGCCCGACGUGGACAACCACUGGGCCCUGCGCGACUUCGCCGCCCGGCUCGUGGCCCAGAUCUGCAAGAACUUCAGCACCACCACCAACAACAUCCAGUCGCGCAUCACCAAGACCUUCACCAAGAGCUGGGUGGACGAGAAGACCCCCUGGACCACCCGCUACGGCUCCAUCGCGGGGCUGGCCGAGCUGGGCCAUGACGUCAUCAAGACGCUGAUCCUGCCCCGGCUCCAAGUGGAGGGCGAGCGGGUGCGGAGCAUCCUGGAGGGUCCCGUCGUCAGCAACAUCGACAAGAUCGGGGCCGACCACGUCCAGACCCUGCUCCUGAAACACUGCGCCCCGGUGCUGGCCAAGAUCCGCCCACCCCCGGACAACCAGGACUCCUACAAGAGCGACUUCGGGUACCUGGGUGCCCUGCUCUGCACCCACGUGGUCAAGGCGCGGGCACAGGCCGCCAUGCAGGCCCAGCAGGUCAACCGCACCACGCUGACCAUCACCCAGCCGCGCCCCACGUUGACGCUGUCGCAGGCGCCGCAGGGCCAGACGGGGCCCCCGCGGCCCCCCAGCAUCAUCAAGGUGCCCAGCGCCAUCACGCUGCCCGUGCAGACCCUGGUGUCGGGGCGCCCGGGGACCCCCACGCAGCCCUCGCCGCCCCCCACCAAGUUCAUCGUCAUGUCCUCGGCCUCGGGGACCAGCGCGUCCCAGCAGAAGUACAUCGUGGUGUCGCUGCCGCCCGCCGGCGACGCCAAGGCCGCCGCCGCCACCCCGCAGCUGUCCCCGUCGGCCACCGCCAAGGCCGAGGACGGCGCCCCGGGGCCCUUGGGCAAGGCCAACGGCGCCGCCGUGCCCCAGUCGCCGCAGGGCGCCCAGUGA